UUUAAGCAAACAGUUUAUUAGUAUAAAUUUUGAAGUAGUGAAUUGCUCCAUAAAACUACAUUUUGGAUACUUGGAUACAAGUUGUUAAAACGGCGAAUCUAGUAGGCUGGGUGAAUGACAUGAAUACAAAUCGUGCAUUACGUCCUCACCGCUUGGAAUGUCAAUUAUCGGAACAGUGCACGAAGAUGUCACUACAGACGUCCUGGGUCACAUAGGCACGUGGCAGUGGCUGGUGACGUUCGUAUCUGCGACCCUGUCAGUGCCUUCAAUGCUCAACCAGUAUGAGGACAUGUUCCUGCUGGCGCCGCCUCGAGGCGUCGAAUGCUUUGUCUCUGAUGCCUCAUCAAUAUUUAACACGAGCCUCUGCACCUUCACUGUUCUAAAUGGCACGAAAGUGCAGCGAUGCAACGCGUGGCAUGUUAAGUUCCUUUGGGUAAUUUGGAUUAAAAAGUCGUGGCUGAUAUUCUGCGAUCCCAAGAUAAAAGCAUUAUCAACAACAAUCAUUUGCAGAUUAGGCCUUGUAUUUGGCUGUAUCAUUUUUGGCCUAGUUGCAGACAGCUUUGGAAGAAAAUUAGCAAUUACCAUAGACGUCAUAGCAGAACUUGGAUUUCGUCUGAUAUUAACGUUCUGCAAUUCAGAGAGCUGGUUCCUUUUGGUGAUUUUCUUAAGAUCUCUGUUUGCAAGCGCUAAUAUUUACAUGGGCAUUAUAUUAACAUGUGAAAUAGCCAGUGUCUCUUGGCGAACUUUAUUGAACACAAUAGUUUCGAUUCCACGGAUGUUGGCGACCGUGUGCGCAGUGCCAUUAGCAAACAGUGCACCUAAUGCCGAGACUUUCAACUUUAUCGCCUGCUUGUUUAGUGCUUCUAUACUCUUACUUCUCAGAUGGACCCCAGAAUCACCGCAGUGGCUACUGUAUAAUAGAAGAAUUCCUCGUGCUGAGAAAAUUUUAGUGGAAGCAGCUAAAGUGAACGGUAUCGAACUUUGCAGCGAUUUUAAAAUAAGACCUGUAAAUCAUAGAGCAUACCAUUGUUUGGAUGAAAGUUGGGCUUGCGUCAACAUACUAACUACGCAUAACAUUAAAGUUUUAUCGUUAACAAUUUUAGUAUUCUGGGCAUUGUAUUUAUUCCUGUACAGCUCUUUAUACAUAAGGAUACAGUAUAAGCAACCGAACUAUGGCUUGUUAAAAACGUUUUGUUUUAUUAUUGCCUUGGGACUUUUAAAUUGGUGUUUAUCGAAGAAUUUUAAAAUGAAAACGUUAGUGCAAAUGGAUUUAGCAAUCAUUGGAUCUUCUAGUGUUGCUCUAAUUCUUAGUAAUAUGUUUGAAUUUCAUAUUUCACCAAUAGCUAACGUCAUAUCGCCUUUAGCACUGGCCGCAAUUGUAAUUGUGCAUGGCCUAAUGGUCAACAUAACGCCUCGGCUGUUUGCCAUCAAUAUUCGAGCCACAUUACUUGGAUGCUGUCACUCUGUUGGACAUCUUGGUAGUUUAAUAUGCUGCGUCAUUGUAACAUUUCAAGUAAUGAAUGAUCAAACGCUGAUGUUCGUAGAAGCUGGACUGGUGCUACUUUUAAUUGUUGUGUGCAGUGUUUUACCCGAUGUCGAUGGAAGGGAAAUGCCAGAUGUUUUGGAAGACAUGGAUUAUUUCUCAGAGUUGUCAAAACCUCUACGUUGGGCGUCCCAAAAGACCAAGUAUCCAUCACGAGAAGAGAUUGAAUUGAGAGUAUAUUCAUUUGGCAGCGCAAAACCCAACCCAUUGAACGACAGCGAUGAUCGACCCCCUGCUAAACGAAUAGGAUGGUUACACAUUGAGCAGUUGUUUCGAAAAUUGCGGAAGACGUAGAAUUUAGUUCACUAUGAAAUAAAUGUAUUAAGACUGAUAGAGGUAGUUUUUGUUGCUAUUAUUUUUCGAGA